AUGGGGGUCCACCGAGCUUCUGACGCGGGUGCCUCUCCUCGCAGCGAUGGCGUAGACGGCGGAGAGCCCAGCCAAGAUAACCUCAAUUGGGCUGGCGAAGAUUCAAUGUCUAGCGUCAUCGCAUACGGAGACGGCCACGUAGAUGAUCAGAAGGAUGCCAUACCGUUGUCUCCGAUGUCAUCGAAGGCCGCCCAAAAACUCGAGCCGGUUGCUCUUUGA